AAUACUAUAUACUCUUUCCGUCUUUCUUCCCUUAAAGCCCCUCCUCUCUCUCUCUCUCUCUCUCUCUCUCUCUCCACCCAAUUCUCUCUCUCCUCCUGCCGGCCAGCUCGCCGGAAUCCACCUCGAUCUCUCCUAUAAUCAAACCCUCCCCUCUCUUCUCUUCUUCUCCCGUCCAUACCCGAUCGAACCGCCGGAUACUCUCCCGAUCUCAACUAAUUUAUACGCACACAUAUAUCUAUAUCUAUAUAAAUAUAUGCGUAUACUUUUAAAGACACAUUGAUUCUCACAGCUUUAUCCACCUUUGCGAUGGAAGAUUGCACGAGCGGCGAGGAAGAUUAUUACUACUCCGAUCGAGACUCCCUCGACGGACUCGAGAACGACGAGUCCGAUGUCCAGUGGGUCCCACCGAAAGGCCCUACAAGUAAGGUAAUCACAAAAGAGUCUCUUUUGGUUGCACAGAGGGAAGAUUUGCGUAGGGUAAUGGAUUUGCUGUCUCUAAGAGAAUUUCACGCCCGGACUCUACUCAUUCAUUACCGCUGGGAUGUGGAAAGGUUGUUUGCGGUGCUUGUGGAGAAGGGAAGUUCUUUCUUGUUUGAUGAAGCGGGUGUGACUGUUGUUGAAAAACAUGAUCUUGAUUCAUCUCCAUUUGCCACCGUGGCAUGCAAUAUUUGCAUGGAGGAUGUACCUGGUACUGCGGUGACAAAAAUGGAGUGUGGCCACAACUUUUGCAACGACUGUUGGACGGAGCAUUUUAUUGUGAAGAUAAAUGAGGGUCAGAGUAAGCGUAUUAGGUGCAUGGCUCACAAAUGUAAUGCUAUCUGUGAUGAAGCUGUUAUCAGAAAUCUUGUUAGGAAGAGGCAUCCUGAUUUAGCUGACAAAUUUGAUCGUUUUCUGCUUGAGUCGUAUAUCGAGGAUAAUAAAAUGGUUAAAUGGUGCCCAAGUACUCCCCACUGUGGGAAUGCGAUUCGUGUUGAAGAUGAUGAAUUUUGUGAGGUUGAAUGUUCUUGUGGUUUACAGUUCUGUUUCAGCUGCUUAGCUGAUGCGCACUCACCAUGUUCGUGUUUGAUGUGGGAGCUGUGGACCAAGAAGUGUCGUGAUGAGUCUGAGACAGUUAAUUGGAUUACUGUACAUACAAAACCUUGUCCAAAGUGUCACAAACCGGUGGAGAAGAACGGGGGCUGCAAUCUGGUGAGCUGCAUAUGUGGGCAAGCAUUUUGUUGGCUUUGUGGUGGAGCUACUGGCCGUGAUCAUACUUGGUCCCGAAUCAGUGGUCACAGUUGUGGUCGAUAUAAAGAAGAUCGUGAGAAGAAUGCUGAGCGUGCAAAGCGGGACCUCUACCGUUACAUGCACUACCAUAGUCGCUACAAAGCUCAUACAGAUUCCUUUAAGCUUGAAUCUAACCUGAAGGAGACCAUAAGAGAGAAGGUGUCGAACUUGGAGAAAAAAGAUUCUAAACUUAGAGAUUUCAGCUGGGUUACAAAUGGACUUUACAGGCUCUUUAGAUCAAGGCGGGUGCUUUCAUAUUCAUAUCCAUUUGCUUUUUAUAUGUUUGGUGAUGACCUGUUUAAGGAUGAGAUGACCAACAAGGAAAGGGAAAUAAAGCAAAAUUUAUUUGAGGACCAGCAGCAGCAACUUGAGGCAAAUGUUGAGAAAUUAUCCAAGUUUGUAGAAGAGCCAUUUGAUCAGUUUGCUGAGGACAAAGUUAUGCAGAUAAGGAUGCAAGUCAUCAAUCUCUGUGUUAUCACUGAUAACCUCUGUAAGAAAAUGUAUGACUGCAUUGAGAAUGAAUUAUUGGGUUCACUCCAGUUUGGUAUACACAAUAUAGCUCCGUACCAGUCGAAAGGCAUUGAGAAGGCAACUGAACUUUCUGUCUGUUGGAACCCUAAAGCCGAAAACACUGGCAAAUGUCCAACUCCGGAUUAUUCGCCAAAUGAACCUGGUCGACCUUCAGGCUCUGGGGGUUCAUACGAAAGUGGAUGCUCAUCGAGGAAUAAGCGUCCCAGAACGGGAAGCCUUGGCAGCUGCACGAUUGACCUCAACUUACCAGCGGAUGUCAUUGAUUGAUCUUCGCUUUGCCAUUGAAAAUAUUUUUAAGUGUACAGCUCUAGUGCAACCCCAUUUAUCCCCAAAAAUGAUCAUAUGUGAUUGGAAAGCCAGACAUGUUGGUAGUUGAUUGCAUUUUGUCGUUGAUUUGAUGAUUCUCCCUUCUUUUUGAGAUACCAUGGAAGAAGACUAGGACUUAUCUUGUUUUCAAGUAUUUUGGAAACCACAUUUUGUACAUAGCCGCUCUAUGGGCUUUGAUGCACAUAAUCUGUGUAAAGCAGUAAUGCUAUUACAUCAAUUGGAGAUAAUUUUAAGAAAUCCUUUGAGGAGGAUUGUUUUGUUGGGUA